CAUUAGCUUAUGAUACACUGGACCUAACAUGAACGCCGAAAUAUCUGCGGCCGAUGAGUAACGGAUGGGGUAAAGAAAUGCAGUGGGAAGAGUUUGGAGCCUUUGUGGACGAUGGAGAAGAACAGUACGAAUCUACAAUAGAUCUCGAUCUCGCCCUCUUAUUAAAGCCGAAGGAUUAUUACCGAAUUUUGGAAGUUAAGUAUGAUGCCAAUGAAGAAUGCAUCCGGUCCAAUUAUAUCCGUCUUGCAUUGAAAUGGCACCCAGAUAAAAAGAAAGGUGAAGACUGUUCAACGACAAAGUUUCAAGAGAUUAAUGAAGCAUACAAAGUUUUAAGUGAUCCUGCCAAAAGAAGAGCAUAUGACAGGGAAAUACUUCCUCAAAUUCAAGAUUACAAUUUCAUUGAUUACCUUAACCAACACAAGGGUUUGAUAUUGACUUGUAAUGGGCUUGGGAUAAGAUGAUGCAGCCAAGGGAGACCGUUCUUGUACUUAGAUUUCUAGAGGAUCUUGUGAGGCGCGUUGUAUCUAUCAUUAGUAACUUUAACGAUGCAUUGUAUUUUUCAUCUGGGAGUAAAUAUUGACACUGUGCCCAGAUGUUUUUGUCAGAUACAUCAGAAUUGUAAUUAGACCGAUGAAAUUUAACUGGAUUUCUACUGCUGUCUAUC